CAGCAUCCCAGCAGUGCCUCGCCGCCCGUUGCCCGUCCCGUACUACUCAGGGUGGACGCUGACGCCCCGCGGUGGAGCGGCCGCCUGCAGCGACCGCGUACCCUCGCGAGUGGCUAGUGUUGUUGUUGUGUACCCGUACUCGGUUCGCGCGCGUUUGUGAUUGAGUGAGUGUGUGCCCUGGAAAGUGUGACCGUGCGUGUUGAUGAUCCCGCCGUCAGUGUGACUACGAUGUGGUUGUGCCCCUCACCCCGCCGGACGCCCCUGGCCCUGGGACGCCCCUGCUGCUGAACCCAGCCCACCCCUCCAACGGUUCUGCCAGGUGCCUCCGGAGCCGCAGCCGAAGGCUCAGCCGCGGGCUCCUCCGCAGGCUCAGCCAUAGGCUCAGCCAGGCCCGACAUGAUCUUCACUCCAUCGUACUAUGCCAAUUACUCGCCACCGUACCCAGGCACCUUUCACCAGGUGAAGCGGCCCCUCUCCGACCCGGACGCGGAUCAGUCAGCGAGGAGCAGGUGUUUGGACGCUUCGUCGCCGGAGAGCGGAGGCGAUUCCUCGUGCGGCUCGCCACCGGGAAACAGUCAGCGGCCACCGCGAGCCCCGGGUCUUCAGAACGGCACGGCGGGCGCCUUGGCACUGCACUCGCAGCACGGCGGCGGCGGCAGUAGCGGCGGCGGCGGAGGCGGCGGAGGCGGCAGGGGCGGCGGGGCGCUGGCCACUGCCGCGGUGGCGGCCACUGACUCGUGGCCCCACGCGGCCCACGGCCACCCCGCGCACCUCGGCGGCGGGGCCCACAGCCACGGCGUCCCCCACGGCGCCCCCCACGGGGUCUCCCACGCCCCCGUCGGGCCGCACAGCGGGCCCCACGGCGCAGCCAGCGCCAGCCCCACCGCGGACGCCGGUGUGAAGAGCGAGCUGCACAGCCCCGGCGGGCCCGGGGGCGGGUCUGGGGCGGGCGGGGGCAGCGGGGACUCGUCGGGGUCGUCCGCCGUCGAGCACCCGUCCUCCUCGGCCCCCCUGGCUGACCAGGGGCCCCUGUAUGUUUCAGCCGACUCCGAGUAUUCGCAAGCGGCCGCCUACUCGUCCCAAUAUUACUCCAGUAUGCAGCAAGCCUACGGCAGCCAGACGCAGUCUUACAUCAACUCUGGCUUCUACAACUCGCAAGCCUACCCGGGUUACAACCUGCCAGGGCUGUACAGUAAACCCCCGACAAACGUGUCUGGCUCUGCCGCAGCCACCAACGGCUCGGGCAGCGGCUACCUCAACUACGCCACCGGGUCGGGGGCGUCCAGCGCCGGCUCGGGCAGCGGCGGCGGCUCCUACGGCAGCCUCGACGGCGCGAGCGGCGGCGCCGGCAGCGGCGGCAGCGGAAGCGCCUCCGGGGCCGGGGGCGCCUCGCACUCCACGGCACCCGGCGCCCAGUCCCCGUCCAGCAGCGCUUACGCCGCCGCCUACGCCGCGAGCUACAACUGCGCGCCGGGCUUCUCCUCCUCGUCGCAGAGCUUCUCCCCGCAACAGGGCCUGGACUACGCGUCCUACGGCAGUCCGUACGGCGCGGGGUCCGCCUCGCAGUACGCGGCCUCCUACUACCAGUCCUACUCCCCCUACGUCGGCAGCCCUUCCUCCGCUGUCUCGGGCCCACCCUACCAGCUCGCCGCCUCACUCAACGCACUGCCAGAUUCGCCCGGGAGCUUCGCACUUCCGGAAACGGGUCCGUCUUCCCCCGUCAAGACUGAGCCAAGCAAUGGUACAAGCCGGAGAAGAGACAAUUCUGGCUCCGAGGGAUCCCGCAGUUCCCGAGGCCGAGGGAGGAGGCACAAUCCUUCGCCGCCGGCAUCGGAGACCCAGCUAGAGCGAGUGUUCAUCUGGGACCUCGACGAGACCAUCAUCAUCUUCCACACGCUCAUCACAGGGGACUAUGGCGUGCAGUACGGCAAGGACCUGCCCACCUUGAAGGAGCUGGGAGUACGCAUGGAAGAAAUGAUCUUCAACUUAGCUGAUAUACACUUCUUUUUCAAUGAUCUCGAGUUUUGCGACCAAAUCCAUGUUGACGACGCCUCAUCAGAUGACAACGGGCAGGAUCUCAACGGAUACAACUUCAGCACCGAUGGCUUCCAAGUGGACGCGAGUGGGGUGACCACGGCCGCGCUGGGCGGGGCUCCCCCCGGCACGCCCCUGGGGCCCGGAGGCCUCCCAAUCGGCGGGGGCGUGCGUGGGGGGGUCGACUGGAUGCGGAAGUUAGCCUUCCGGUACCGAAAGAUCAAAGACGUGUACAACAACUACAGGAACGCCGUCGGAGGUCUCUUAGGGAAUUCCAAAAGGGAACAAUGGGUUCAACUGAGGACCGAGAUAGAAGCAGUUACUGACAAUUGGCUGUCACUAGCCAUCAAAUGUCUUAAUUUGAUAAAUAGCAGACCCAAUUGUGUAAAUGUGCUGGUAACAACAACACAGUUGGUCCCGGCACUUGCAAAAGUAUUGCUUUAUGGCCUAGGGGGUAUGUUUCCAAUUGAAAAUAUCUAUUCAGCAACAAAAAUUGGAAAGGAAUGUUGUUUUGAGCGUAUUGUGGCGCGCUUUGGUAGAAAAUGCACAUACGUUGUAGUUGGUGAUGGAACUGAUGAAGAAGAUGCUGCCAAAAAGAUGAACUUUCCAUUUUGGAGAAUAUCAAGUCACAGCGACACAAUAGCCUUAUUCAAUGCUCUUGAUAUGGGAUUUUUAUGAUGAGGAUUUUUGUAUUUAGUCAUCUGUCACUUCACAUAAAAUGUGACUAUUAACAAUGUACCAACGAUUUGAAAAAUGUUGUGAUAAGAAAAAACUUUGGUGAUGAAGUUGGAGUUUUGAGAAGAAAGGUGAAAGUCAGUGAAAUCUGUGCCAUGGAUAGAACUUUGUUAUCCAAUUGACAUUCAGUUGCAUUAGAAGAGCUGCACUGCACGAAAAUUGCACUAAUUUCUAAUUGUGAUACACUUUAUUGCUGUGGUCAAACAGCAAUGCCAAACAGUACCAAAUGGCUGUUUUCUUAAUGAUGUCCCUUAAGACUCAGAUAAUUAAGUAUAUGGUAUGUGUGUGUUAUGUACAAAUAUAAAUAUAUAAAUGUAGAAUAAUGUGUAAAUAUUGAAAAUCAAAAAAUUUAUGUUGAUAUAACCACCCAAGUGAUACACACAUAAAUACAAGCUCUGUCAAUGUGAA